UGCGGCAGGGCCCCAGGCCGGGCGGGCUGACGUGCGAGCUCCAGCCUCUUUGCCGUAUGGGGGUUUAUUUUGCUUUGGGCCACUCCAGCCGCUUCUGCCGCUGCCGCCGCCGCCAUUAGGCGAGCCUGGCUAGAUUCUAGGGUGGCGGGAUCCUCCUCCCUCGCCCGCCCCCUCCUCCUCCCCCCGCCCCGUCGGGGUGGUAGCGUCCUCCCAACUAACUACGUCCUUUCAGCCACCCAGGAAGAAACCAUGUCCUGAGCCGGGGGGAGGGGGCAAGCAGGAGGCCGCAGCCAGCGGUGCAGGGGUGGGUGGGAUGUGGGUGAGGGGUAUGGGCGGCAGCUGUUGAGGAGACGGCCGCGGGAUCGGGAGGCGGCACUGCAAGAAUCCGCAGGUGACUUAGACAUGUUUGAAGACAUUUGGUUUCACUAGGAUAAAUCCAGCUUUCUGCCUGAAACAACUUACUUCAAGGAGUGCAGGAUGACAGAACGCGGAAUAAAAUGGGCUUGUGAGUAUUGUACUUAUGAAAACUGGCCAUCUGCAAUCAAGUGUACCAUGUGCCGUGCUCAAAGACCUACUGGAACUAUUAUCACAGAAGAUCCAUUCAAAAGCGGUUCAAGUGAUGGUGGUCGAGACUGGGAUCCCACAAGUACCGAAGGCGGCAGUAGCCCUUUGAUAUGUCCGGAUUCCAGUGCAAGACCAAGAGUGAAGUCAUCUUACAGUAUGGAAAGUGCAAAUAAGUGGUCAUGCCACAUGUGCACAUACUUGAACUGGCCUCGUGCAAUAAGAUGCACUCAGUGCUUGUCUCAACGUAGGACCCGGAGCCCCACAGAAUCCCCUCAGUCUUCAGGGUCUGGUUCAAGACCAGCUCCUUUCUCUGUGGAUCCUUGUGAGGAGUACAAUGAUAGAAAUAAAUUGAAUAUGAGGACACAGCACUGGACUUGUUCUGUAUGUACAUAUGAAAACUGGGCUAAGGCCAGAAAAUGUGUAGUGUGCGAUCACCCAAGACCCAACAACAUUGAAGCAAUAGAGUUGGCAGAAACAGAAGAAGCUUCUUCAAUAAUUAAUGAACAAGACAGAACUCGAUGGAGGGGAAGCUGUAGUAGUGGUAAUAGCCAAAGAAGAUCACCCCCUACAACUAAACGGGAAUCCGAAGUGAAAAUGGACUUUCAGAGAAUUGAACUGGCUGGAGCUGUUGGCAGCAAAGAAGAACUUGAAGUUGAUUUCAAAAAACUAAAGCAAAUAAAAAACAGAAUGAAGAAGACUGACUGGCUCUUUCUCAAUGCUUGUGUUGGGGUUGUAGAAGGUGACUUAGCUGCUAUUGAAGCAUACAAGUCUUCGGGAGGAGAUAUUGCACGCCAGCUUACUGCAGAUGAAGUACGCUUACUAAAUCGCCCUUCUGCUUUUGAUGUUGGAUAUACGCUUGUUCAUCUUGCUAUACGUUUCCAAAGACAAGAUAUGUUGGCAAUUCUGCUUACAGAGGUAUCCCAACAUGCAGCUAAGUGCAUUCCAGCCAUGGUGUGCCCAGAGCUUACUGAACAAAUCCGGCGUGAAAUUGCUGCAUCAGUUCAUCAACGGAAGGGAGAUUUUGCUUGCUAUUUCCUAACUGACCUUGUAACAUUUACAUUACCUGCAGAUAUUGAAGACUUGCCACCAACAGUCCAAGAAAAACUAUUUGAUGAAGUACUUGAUAGGGAUGUACAGAAAGAACUAGAAGAGGAAUCACCCAUUAUAAACUGGUCACUGGAAUUGGGUACUCGCUUGGACAGUAGACUUUAUGCACUUUGGAAUCGGACUGCAGGGGAUUGUCUGCUUGAUUCAGUACUACAGGCUACCUGGGGCAUUUAUGACAAGGACUCGGUGCUACGUAAAGCUCUUCAUGACAGUUUACAUGACUGUUCUCAUUGGUUCUAUACCAGAUGGAAAGAGUGGGAGUCUUGGUAUUCCCAAAGCUUUGGUUUACACUUCUCACUCCGAGAGGAACAAUGGCAGGAAGACUGGGCAUUUAUACUCUCCCUUGCUAGUCAGCCUGGAGCAAGUUUGGAACAGACACACAUUUUUGUACUUGCACAUAUUCUUAGAAGACCAAUUAUAGUUUAUGGAGUAAAAUAUUAUAAAAGUUUCCGGGGAGAAACUUUAGGAUAUACCCGUUUUCAAGGUGUAUAUUUGCCUUUGUUAUGGGAACAGAGCUUUUGUUGGAAAAGCCCGAUUGCUCUGGGCUACACAAGGGGCCACUUCUCUGCUUUGGUUGCCAUGGAAAAUGACGGCUAUGGCAAUCGAGGUGCUGGUGCUAACUUGAACACUGAUGAUGAUGUUACUAUUACUUUUUUACCAUUGGUUGACAGUGAAAGGAAGUUGCUGCACAUUCACUUUCUGUCUGCUCAAGAGAUUGGGAAUGAGGAACAGCAAGAGAAGCUGCUCAGGGAGUGGCUGGACUGUUGCGUGACGGAGGGUGGAGUCCUAGUUGCUAUGCAGAAAAGCUCUCGCCGCCGCAACCAUCCCUUGGUAACGCAGAUGGUGGAGAAAUGGCUUGACCGUUAUAGACAAAUCCGCCCCUGUACAUCCCUUUCAGAUGGAGAGGAAGAUGAAGAUGAUGAUGAUGAGUGAUGAAAUGGAGAUCUCUGGAGGCAUACAAUGUGUGGUGACGACCCCAGUGUCUGGGGCCUGCACUAGCAAUUUGUUACAAAAUGACCCAAUUGUAGCAGGAAGCAUCCUGCAUAGGAUUUUUAAUCUGCCUAGGGAGAAUUCAGAGGUGUAUCCGAUGUGUGAAGACAGCUGUGUUGGUUGGACUACCAUUUGUAAAAAACAAAACAAAAAACCCUAAUUUUAUUACCAAGACAGAAAGCAUUUUUCUUUCCAGUUGUACAUCUGUCUAUAAAUGUACCGCAUGUGGUCAUAUAAGAAAGUUGUGUAAUAGGAAGUAUUACCAGCAUCUUAAAAUAAGUGAAGAAAUUUCUUUUGAAUAAGGGCACUUAAAAAGCACACAGUAGAUGGAUACCAUUCCUUUUGAGACUUACAGUAAACUUGGUUAUUCUGCAUCACUUUUUAAGCAUUCUGACACGCUUCCUUGAGAGACCAUUUUAUAUGAAAUCUUGCUAACCUUGCCCCAGUCAGAUCAUGUGGCUUUUUUUGUUGUUGAUGCCAUAUAUCCAGAGUAAGCCAGAAGUAUGAACAAGUUUAUUUUAUUAAGAUUUGAGAUACUGUUGUGCCCAUUAUAAUAAAUUAAAUUAAAUGUAAACGUGCGUUGGGAGAGACUAUGGAAAAGAUUAUAAAUUUUGAUUGAAUGAACCUUUGUUUUCUGUAAAGGCUUCUCUGCUGUUCAUUAAUAUUUUGUAUCAUUUAUUGGGAUAGUUCCCCUCCCCCUCCAAACUAUCUAAAAUGUCAAACUCUCUGGAACAGAGACUUCUACAUGCUAAACAGUUGUGUGGAAUUUGCUACAUUUAAACUGAACUGAGAAUUGCGUUUUGUCCAAACAUGGUCUUGCUGUGAGUUGUACAAUAGAAAUUACUAUUUUAUCAAGCAUUUCCCCCUGCAAGUUAAAAUAACCUCCACUGAGGAGCACUCCUUGGUCAUUAAAAUCGAGUGAGAAAGCACUUUUGGCAGUUUUCCUUAAAAGCCUUCAUUCUAAAGUUGUUUUAAAGUACUGUAUAUUAUCUUUUCUUGGUAUGUAAACUUUGGAAUAUUUUGCAUGUUGAUUGAUUGUGGCCACAUUUGAAUAUGUAAGUUUCCUGAAAGUAUAAGUUGAGAAUAUAUUCUCCAGUAGAAAAAUCUUUUUAUUAUACUUGAUAACUUUAGCCAUGCUAUCUUAAAUGGAUAUAGCCUAUCCAAAACCUCACUUUAAAACACUAAAGGUUGAAUAGUUUUGUAUGCAUAAAGCAGAUCUUGAUAAGCACUUUUUGAAGACGAAUGAUGGUGGAAAUGACAGGGAACCUUUUGCAAAAUAGAUUUCCUUGUUGAAUAAGAAUUUGGAAGGAAGCCCUACUCACAUAUUUUUACAUAGUUAAAAAAACAAAAACAAAAAACAACCCUGCAGAAUUUUAUCUCUUAAAAUGUGGCUUGGGUGGUGUUGAAGUAUAUUCUCUAAAAAUCUUGGUGACAAUUCUACACUGGAAUUUCUUCAAAGUACUAUAGAAGAAAUUCAUUCAUACAACUUUUUUCACCAUUGACACAGAAGCAUAAGUGUGUAUGUGUGUGUGUAUAUAAAUAUAUAUAUUUUUGGUCAUUAGUUCUCUCUUGGUGCAUGCAGAGAUUAUCAGGUAAAAGAAUGCAUGUUUACCCAUGAUGAGUCAGAUUUCCUAAGCAGUAGAAUAAUCGGAUUUCUUAAACAGGUUCUGCUUUAAUGUACAAUCCUAAUUUAAGUUUUUCUAAGUACAGUCAUAAGGUAAAGUUAAUACCUUGUUCCCUUACCCACCUGACAGUGAAAUCCCUGCUUUCCCAACCAGUGGAGUAACCUAGGUGAUCAUGCUUUAUGUGGGAGGAGGUAGUUACUUAAAGCAAUACAAGUUACAUCCCAAAUUGAGUCGUUAUACUAAGUUACCACUAAUAGCUGUUACUAGUGAGCUACAGCUUUACCUUAUUGGUAGUUUUGUUUCCUUUAAACCUAGUAGAUAACAUGGCUAAACCUCUAGCCACAUUUAUUCCACUACAGUAAAAUCGCCUAAGUUUUUUGGAGUCCAUUUGAAUGAGUGUUUGGUUGCCUUCAGGAUAAAAAUGUGUGAAUUUUUAUUGGCUCAUAGUCCACAUAGCUGUCAGGCAGCAACAUCCAAACAAUUUCUUGUAAUAUAGUCUCAGUAUAUUCCCCUGGUAAUCAGUGCAGGUUUGUGGUUUUUGGGGGAUUGUAACUCAAUGCCUACUUAAGUUGUAUUCUCAGUGCAUUCUUAAGUUGUGGCUGCAUUUUGAACAUUGAUUGCAAUAAUGCAUCGGCUGUUUAACCUGCUGUGUCCUUAAAAAAACAAACCAAGUUUUUUUUCAGUGAGGAGGGGAAGUGUCCUCUGCUGUAACUUUUUUUUUAAAGUUGCAAAAGGACAGUUUCAAGUGGUUUUGAGUUUUCUGUAGUAACUUGUGUUAGAACACUUAAUCAGUCCCUCUAUACUGCUACUCUGCCUUGGAGACUGUAGUGGUUACUUGUUUCCCCCUCCAGUUUGAAGUACACCAUAUUGUAUUUCUUUCUCUCUAUCUUCAGUGGUUUGCCUGCUUUGAUGGCAAAGCCUGUUGUCCUCUUCCCUUUAGAAAAGAACGAACACGUCAGUUGCUAAAAUGAAGAGUAGUGGUGUGGCACCAAUAUGGCUUUCCUUCUCUCUCCACUGCCACCGUUUUUGUAGCUCUUUAAUUAUAUCGUAUCUUUUGGAAGCUCUGCUCUACUUCAGUAGGCUCAUGCUCUCUCACUUACCUUGCAUUUUGUAUACUCCCUGUGAUAUACAUGCUCUGGUGACUUAUAUCCUAUUUAUCAUUCUAAAAGGACUUCCAGAGCUGAAAAGUGACUUAAGCCUCCUCCUAGGGAAAGCGUGGUUUGAGUUUUUAAGUUGAAGUUUUGCAGUUAUAGUACCUGGAAGUAAUAUGACAUUAAUUGCCUCUAAGCAGCCACAUUUUGUGCCAGAGGUUCCUGGUUCAUUCACUGGUGGUAGAAAAGCCUGCCUCAGAUGCAACUGUCCUGUUAAAGUGUUCCUUUUCAUCAACAUUAAUUAUGCCUAUCUGGAAUGCCACUGCCUGGUUUAAAAACAAAGUUCCAAAAAUAGCAGCUUCUAAAAAUAACUAAUGCCAGUGUAAAUGUUCUAUAACUUCACCUCCAUUUGUGUGGCUUCCUAAAUGUUCUCUGUAACUCACCAAUGUUCCUUCUCCUGGUUGCUCUAUACUGGUAUCUAUGGUAAGUUAUUCAUAAUUGCAGUGUUGGAUCAUUGACACAGCUAUGAAGUUUACUCCCUUGACAUGUUCAAAGCUGGUAAUGUGCUUUUCCAUUAAUUUAAAACAAAACAAAUACAAGUUUUGUAACAAUG